ACAUGAAACAGACAUGGCGGGCGCAAGGCAGACGACAAUGCCCAAUCAUGAUGCAAAAAAAUGCACUCAUAAUCGGGUCUGAUGGUGAAUGGACGGCAUAAAUGUAGUCUCAAAGGAUUGUCCAGAUCGACUUGUACAGAUUCCCAGCUGUUUGUGUGUGGAGUUGAAUCUCAUGUUGUAUAGUAGUUGUGUUUUUUUUGUAGUAAUUUUUUAUAUAUAUUUCUGAAAGAACAACUCCUUUGCUUUAGAAAGCAUUCCUCAAGCAAUUUCAAGUGGAUUAUAUCAGAAUUUUUGGUAAAACGGGUAUUGGAAGCACUUGCAUAUAAUCUACUGACAUCAAAGCCAAAUAUUAAGCACAGAAUUUUUUUAUCUUAACAGCACGAUACCUGAGGUUUUUCCUUGGCCCUUUUUACACGAAGCAUGGAUUACACCUAUUUUCCCUAUGCCAAAAGAUGUAAGAUUGAACCGACAAAUGAAUGGGAACGCCCACCCAGUAACCACCUGCUGGGUCAGAAUGAGGGUGAGCGGUUACCGAUGAGGCCGGGGAGUGGCGCAGAGCUUCCUGCAGAUGCCCCACCACAGUACGUCCCGUUUCCCCCUGUACCCCCGACAAACAUGUUCUCCAACAGUCCCUCAACAACUACAUUACCUCAUCAUAACUUGGGCAAUGUGUUGUCCAGUGCGAACACCCCACCGUUACCUCAUCACAGCACGCCAUUCGUCAAUCCUUUGUCCAACACCAGUGAGACCAAGCCCUACGACCAGUGUAUGUACAACAUGCACAACUUCAACGGAACAAGCUACUGCGACCCCAACUACUCCCCACCAAUGUUCAGUAUGCCCAUGUAUGGGGCCGGGGGGCAGUGGGGCCCCCAGCGGUGUGACACAAGCAAUGUGGCAUGUGCCUAUGGACAAAACAGUCUGUAUGAUUACAGAAAUAUUGGGCACAUGCCUAAUGCUGACUCUCAGAACAUGUAUUUUCAACAGACUGGUCACCCAUAUGUGGCAAGGUCGAUGUUUGACCAAAUGAUCAAGAGAGAAUCAGAUUGUACAAAUAUGCCGCCUGACAGAGGCCGACCUCAGGAUAAUGGAUCAUUUUCCUUCAGCCCUACGCAACAUGCCAUGUCCCAGCAUGCCAUGUCACAGCAUUCGCCGUUGAACCAGUAUCACAUGGCUCCGCAGAUGCAUAACAUAAAAACGGAGCGGAUGCCAAUGGGCUACCACCAUGGACAGGUACCUCCUCAUGCAAGUCCAUCCCCAAACAACAUGUCAGAAACUUGUGUCUAUCACAGCUUGUUGGAAGGGGAUGAUGAUGAAAACCCAGACCGGAAAACCAUAUACAACUUUGUGUGUAGUGAUCCCCCCGUGAUGGCGGACCAGUACCUCAUGUUAGAACAGCAGCUCUGCUUCAGGCUGAGGAGUCUGCUCUUCCCAGAGCCCGUCAGUCACAUCUACUGCCCUCUCGACCAUGCAUUUGAACCGCACGCUGAUUAUGUGCGCAAGUUCUACAAUGGCAGGAAAGCAGUCAUGUUCCUGGGGAUGAACCCGGGGCCAUUUGGAAUGGUUCAGAAUGGAGUUCCAUUUGGAGAAGUUGAAGUUGUGAAGGACUGGUUGAAAAUCAGUGGUAAUGUGUAUAAGCCACGCAGAGAACAUCCCCAGAGGCCUGUGCUCGGUAUGGAAUGCAAGAGAAGUGAAGUUAGUGGAGCCAGGUUUUGGGGACUGCUCAGGGAAAUCUGCGGAGAGCCAGAAAAUUUCUUCAACCACUGCUUUAUCCAUAACCACUGUCCCCUGGCAUUCAUGUCCGUGACUGGCAAGAAUAUCACGCCACCUAAGCUACCUGUUGGAGUAAGGAAAGCUUUGAAUGAAGCCUGUGAUCAGGCUUUGAAAGAAGCCAUGCGUUUGUAUGAUGUGAAGAUUUUGGUUGGUGUAGGGAAAUUUGCACAGGAACGUGCAAAAGCUGUGUUGAAUGGAGAAGAGUGGAGCACGAUUCGCAUUGAGACAAUUAUGCAUCCCAGUCCCAUCAACCCUGCAGCAAACAAGGGUUGGAAUGAAAUUGCCAAACAGCAGCUGAAGGAUAUUGGUGUAUGGCAAUACCUUUUACCAAAGUCCCCGUGUCCCCCUGCCUCGGCGGCUAUUUCGCCCGUCGAUCCAUCUUCCUCCAGCACUCCUACGCCCACUCCGGCCCCGCCUGAGUGCUGAGGCACACUCCUUACUGUAGUGUCCGUUCUCAAGUUUGUGUCAGUGGUCUCGUGCUGUAGUUUGCAGUUUUAUCAAUGGAAUGUCUGUCCCAUGUCUACUUGUCUACUGUGCAUAUUACAUACUGUAUUUGUGUGUAUGU